AUUGCCCUACACUAGAGUGUGCGUUUGGGCACCAUCAUCCAUAUGCGUAUUUCAUGACCAGAGGAAGGAAUGCUCAUACAAUGAGAGUGUAGUACCCCCGCAUUUCCCGUGCCUCCGUGUAGGCUACAGCUCGGACGGACAAAUGAUUGUCAAUGGAAUACUUGACACAGCCCAAGCUAGAAUCACAAUCAGUGUUUGUGUGUUCGCACCUCGGCGUACCUUUACCCGUAUCUUUACAGUUUCGUUAUUUUCAGAAUUGACCAAGAUGUAGGCUAACCAGCUGCUUUUGAUCAGGACGAGGAGAAGGGGGGGGGGGGAGAAAAGAAGAAAAAAAAUUGCUAAUGUAAAAAAGAAAAUUCAUGUCGUGAGUCGCUGGACGUUUCGUGCAUUUUCCCCAAUAUAACGUUUUGUUUCGGUGGUGACUGGUCCACGUUGAAUAUACCGUUGAUAUUCAACGCAAAGUGCGGUAGGUUAUUUUAUGAUCAUAUGUAGGUUACUCAUUGUAAAAGCAAUUUGCCAUACGCUUCUAGUCAAAUUGGCUACUAAAAUGCCAUUGUUCGUGAUAUAUUUAAGUUUUCGUCCUUUUUUGAUUUUCUGUCGAAUUACAGGAGACUGAAUUAGGGUUGGGUGUUCACGUUGCAUGUGGUGUAGUCGGGAACCGAAUAGUCGUUUAUCAAAUCAGUAAAGGAGCACUUGGACCUCGUGGGGACUUGUUCAUAUCCCAUUCCAUGUAACAGUGGCAAAUAUGCUAAAGUAAGACCAACAAAAUAAUUAAUAUAUAUAUAUUGUAUGAUUAUCAUUCCUAAUCAUUAGAGAGCUGUUUUUUUUUAAUAUUCGAUGUUUUUUUAUUGUGGUCUCUGUAAAAACACUGGGAACCUUUUUUUGAUCGAACUUCUUGCGGGGUGCCAGAAGGCAUGGGAGAAGCAACUCCCGCACAGCCCGCAGCAGGAGGGUUCGUACCAAUGUUAGGUCUUGGUAUGGUGGGCUCUAUGCCAGGCGGUGGGGUUACGGGACCGCUCGCGACCUCCCGGGGCUCUGCCGUCCCGCAGCUUCACAGCGCCAUAGUGGAACGGUUACGCGCGCGGAUAGAACUGUGUCGAAGGCAUCACUCCACCUGUGAGAACCGGUACCAGCGAGGCCAGGCCGAGAACUCUGACCGGGAACACGAGAGUACUCUUCACCUGCUGAACAUUGUGCAUCAGGGACCCGGGAAUAGGAAAACAAAGGGGAACCGGGCUUCGAACCAACAACCUCCAGACUACAGCAGAGUUAAUGGGGACCAGAAAUGCCAGAGCUCCUCAGCUGGAGACCAGAAGAUCUCGACACGAAUAGCACUCCAAGGGUCUCUGAGGAGGAAGAUCGAGGGUCAUACUCCUGGCUACUCCUCCCAACAGAAUGGCCUGUCCUGUGGGCCGUCGGGGCUGGACUACAAACGUGUCCGUCUGGAGGGGGGCAGCGGCGGUUUGGGUGGGCACGGACCCUGUUCCUUCAGCUCCGGGCAAUCACAGUCCAUGGGAGGCGACGCUUCGUCCAUAGGCCACACCCUAAACAGGAAAAUCAACAACAGCAGCUACAUGAUGCCCCAUGGGGUCAUGAACUCUGACCUCAUCAACAUGACCCUGAAGGAGAUGAAGAAGGAACCUAUAGACCAUGUUACUUCCUGCGGCCAGAGGUCCACGGAGAUGAUGGUGUUCAGCAGCCAGAUCGACCCGGAGCUUCAGGAUCUGUUCGACGAGCUGACCAAGACCGUCCCGUCUCUACACGACCAGGAGUUUGAGAAGAUGCUGAAGCAGGAUGAUGCGUUCGGCCUGGCGGAUCUGGAGCGCGGCGCGGCAUCCCUCUGCUCCCACCUGGAGAAGCCCAUCAAAACGGAGUACUCAGACUACGACCAGACACAUGGCCAUGGCGGCUCCUCACAGCUCCGUCCGGCAUCCACUGGUCCCUCCUUCACCAUGUCCAGCUCCUCCCCCAUCACCAACCAGAAGAGCCAAGGCCAGGGACCCUCGGGGCUGGCCGGACCCCCCAGCAGAGGUCUCCCUGGUUGGCCUGAGGUGUCCCAUGCGGAGCAGCUAAAGCAGAUAGCAGCCAACCAGAACCAGCAGCAGCCCAACCCCCAGGUCCUGCUCCACCACCAACAGACUCAGGCUGGAGGGGGAGGAGGACCAGGGACCAGUUGGAACACGCAGCCCUCCUCCAGCUCCUUCCCCCAGGACAAGCUCUCCAACCCGGCCUCAAUGGGCCAGAGGAUCACCCCCCAGACCUCCAUGGACAGUCAGGGUAAAAGCAUAAACAACUGUCUGUUCAAGCCCAACGGACACAACAGCACCAGCCACCUGGAUAUGAAGGUGCUCAGCAAUAAGCCCAUGCUCCACUUCAGCCCCAAAGCAUCCCAGCAACCCUCCACUAUGGCAGGUCCACUGAGUAAGACUACAGCCCAUCAACAACAACAACAACAGCCGUCCACCUCAGCCCAGAACUUGAACACGAACCACCCAGUUCAUAACUACCAGAACCCCCAGCAACAACGGGCCAUGUCUGGGUCUCCUCACUUGCAGCCCAAGUCCCUGGCCCAGAGAACCCCUCUCAGCCAGCAUGGAGCUGGACCUGGACUCCACUUUAAACUGGCUCAACAACGACAGAUGCCUCCUGGGCCUCGUCUGCCCACUAACGGCAGCCUGGUGGGGAUGUCAGCCCAGACCCAGGCCCAGCCCUUGGCCAACCAACGUGCCCCUGGCCCUGGCUCCAACCCCCAGCAGAAACCCCCAGGGCCAGGGAAGACACAGGUCAUGCAGAGACAGCUAGCCCAGCAGCAGCACAUCAUCAAUGACUCUGACAAAAGCGUUAGUAAUCAGGAUCCGUUCAACCGCCAUCUAACCAGACCACCACCAGACUAUAAACAGCCCAGAGGAAUGGUCCAGCCGACAGCCUUUUUCACAGGUAUGAGUUCCUCCCAGUCGUUGUCGACCAACGGGUCUGACCAGAGUGACCUUCUAUCCAUGUCCUGCCACAUGCCCAGCGGCCUGGGAUCCAAAAUGACCCCUCCUCCCACGGACUGGAGGUUCGGAAGAGGCCCCCACACUCACCAGAUCCAACAGCACAACAACCAGAGCAAGAUGGGACUCAACCAAAACAAGUCCAGGUUCCCUGGUCCUCCCAACGGCCAGGGUGAUGGGUUUGAGGUGGGUGGUCUUACCAGUGUACAACAUCCCUCAAGGACAUCAGUAGGCCAGCAGGUUGGAGGGAUGCCCAGUCAGGGGCAUGGUCUCGGGCUGGGGGGUGUGAUGGGCUGGCCUCCUGGAGCUAAAGCACCCAUCAUGAGCCCUGGGUCUCUCGGGGUGAGGCGGCAUCCGAACUCGCUCCAACCCCAGGGGGGCCAGUCCCAAUCUCAGCUCGACAUGUCCAGCCACCAGUACCCUCCUGGCCCCCAGCACAUAGGCCCUGGCCCACCCAACCAGGUGGCACCAGAAAUGGGCAUGCUGCCUCUGAACCCGACCCUCUGUAGCUCCACCACCACCACCACCACCAACCCCAGACCCAGCCAACCCAUGAUGCCUCCUCUGCCAGGGCUACCAAGCCUCAACCACGUCUCUCCGGAGCAGAGGGUUCUCGCUGGGGGCAGCAGCAGCAUCAGGGUCUUCCCACCACAUAACUACAACCCUGGGGGAAGCUACCAGAACCAGAACAGCCGGACUGUUAACCGACUAACCUUUGAAUUCCUCCAGGAGGGAGACAACACCGUCCCGGGGAUCAACACUGACUCAGACUUCAUCGACUCGCUGCUGAAGUCCGGGUCUGGCAACGACGACUGGAUGAAAGACAUCAACCUCGAUGAGAUCCUGGGCAGUCACUCAUAAAGUGGGAUGAAAGUGGGAUUGCAUAAAUAGGGCCCAGAGUUUUUCCCUGCAGCUCUCAUGAAUUCAGGUUCAUUCCGGGAGAGUUUUUCUCUUCAUGUCUCAUGAAUUGGGGUUCAUUACAGAGUUUUUCUCUGCAAGCCUCAUGAAUUCAGGUUCAUUCCAGAGAUUUUUUCUCUUCAUGUCUCAUGAAUUGUGGUUAAUUCCUAGAGAGUUUUUCUCUGUAAGUCUCAUGAAUUGGGGUUCAUUACAGGGAGUGAGUUUUUCCCUGCAAGUCUCAUGAAUUCAGGUUCAUUCUAGAGAGUUUUUCCCUGCAAGUCUCAUGAAUUCAGGUUCAUUCCAGAGAGUUUUUCUGUAGAAAAAUUCCACAGAAUUGGUGGCCAGUUUUUCCAUCAAAAAAUUCCAUAGAAUUGGGAGCGCUGGUCAGGAGUUUUUCCAGGUUAGAUGGGCCGUGUGGUGUGGAAAAACUCCUGGCCUUAAUUAUAGGCUGCAACUAGAGCCAGGAGCUCCUCCCUCUCCUGAUCAGGAUAAACUCCAGGACCCAUCCAUAAAGACUGAUAACUGCAAACGCAGAACUUUCCCAAUACAGAGACUAUGGAUGGCCUUGGCUACAUCCCGAAUGGCACCCUAUUUCCCUUUAUAGUGCACACUACUUUUGACCAGGGCCCAUAAGGCUAUGGUUGAAAGUAGUGCACUAUAUAGGGAAUAGGGUAUCAUUUGACACACAAGACCAUGAAUGGCCACGAGUCAGAAUACACCUAAAGGGAUUACAUUUGCAAAGCUAUAAUGUCAUUUUGUAAACCCAAUAUAUAUAAUUUGAUAUCUAAUUGUACUUUUUUUUUGUGUGUAUUCCUGUGAAGAAAUAUAUAUUCUGUAUAAUAAUAUUUUAGUACUUUUAAAGGUUCAUUGAAUAAGAACCAGGGAUUCACUGACGGCAUCUUUAACUGAUUCUGAAUAUAUUCUAUCAAACUUUUCUCUUUUCAUAACGUGGGCUUCGUCCAAAAAUGGCACCCUAUUCCUUUUCAUAGUGCACUACCCAGUCUUCAUUGUGAUAGGGGAUAGGGUGUCAUUUGUGACACAGAUAUGGGAUGUAAAAUGUACUACCAGUGACUUGAGCCAUGUGGGCCCUGUAAUACAUGGGGUAGAGGGUUCCAACCGUGGUCAACUGUGAACAGGAAGUGGCUGUCAUACUUCCAGAUGACACCGUAAUUCCCCUUUUAUUGUGCACUACUACCACAUAAUGCUCUGGUCAGACGUAGAGUACUGUAACAGGGAUAUAUACCCCUCCCCCCCCACCACCCAGACCGAUCGUGGUGUCAUGUUUUGAGUGAUGAUGCAGGUGUUUGUUUUAUAUCUACCACAGACACUUUACUGGUCCUGUUGUUACUACUACUACUUAUCGUCUGGGAUUGAACGGCAAGCCACGUCUUACCCAUUUAUUUUUAGAUUUUUGAUCUAAUAUUUAAUAAUCUAUUGAGGGGGGGGAAAAAACUAUUAUAUGACAUUAUAAACAAUCUAAUGAAUAAAAAUGUUUUAAAUAAA